AUGCUAACCGAGGCGAUUUCCAUAAAGCGCUACUAUUUGGUCAACCAUGAAUUGACCAAGAUCAGAGUUGCUCAGCAGAGUGAUCAGAGUUUGCUGGAUGCGACGAGAGUGACUGGUUCUGAGUAUGAGGUCUCUGCGAAUGGGACUAUCUUGGUUCGUGGGCGAGUUUGUGUGCCUAAGGAUGUGGAGUUGAGACAUCAGAUUUUGGGAGAGGCUCACGCGAGCAAGUUUUCCAUUCAUCCGGGAGCGACCAAGAUGUACCAUGACCUCAAGAGGUACUAUCAUUGGGUCGGGAUGAAGAGGGAUGUAGCAGACUGGGUUGCGAAGUGCAACACUUGUGCCUUGGUGAAGGCAGAGCAUCAGGUUCCGGGUGGUCUUUUGCAGAGUUUACCCAUUCCAGAGUGGAAGUGGGACAGGAUUACGAUGGAUUUCGUGGUUGGACUACCUGUUUCGAGGACUUUCGAUGCUAUCUGGGUGAUUGUGGAUCGGUUGACUAAGUCCGCACAUUUCUUGGCCAUCAAGAAGACAGAUGGAGCUGCUGUCUUGGCUAGGAAGUUUGUGCGAGAGAUUGUGAGGCUGCAUGGAGUGCCAGCUAGUAUUGUGUCAGACCGUGAUCCCAGAUUCACUUCAGAGUUUUGGAGGGCGUUUCAGGCAGAGAUGGGCACUAAGGUGCAUCUGAGUACAGCUUAUCAUCCGCAGACAGAUGGUCAGUCAGAGAGGACUAUUCAGACUUUGGAGGAUUUGCUGAGGAUGUGUGUGUUGGAUUGGGGUGGCCAUUGGGCAGAUCACCUGAGCUUAGUUGAGUUUGCAUACAACAACAGCUUUCAGGCGAGUAUUGGCAUGGCUCCAUUUGAGGCUUUGUAUGGGAGGCCAUGUAGGACACCCCUAUGCUGGACCCAAGUGGGGGAGCGCAGCAUGUAUGGAGCUACUUAUGUUCAGGAGACGACAGAGAAGGUUCGUGUUGUGAGGCUGAACAUGAAGGAGGCUCAGGAUAGGCAGAAGAGUUAUGCAGAUAGACGCAGACGAGAGCUUGAGUUUCAGGUUGGAGAUAGAGUUUAUCUCAAGAUGGCUAUGUUGAGGGGUCCUAACAGAUCCAUAGCAGAGAACAAGCUGAGUCCGCGUUUUAUGGGUCCGUUUCCAGUAGUGGAGCGAGUUGGGCCAUUGGCUUACAGGCUGGAGUUGCCUGAGAUUAUGAAAGCCUUUCACAAGGUUUUUCAUGUGUCGAUGCUGAGGAAGUGUCUUCACCCUACAGAGGAGUUAGUGGCUAGGAUUCCAGAGGAUCUUCAGCCAGAUUUGACAGUGCCGGCAGUGCCUGUGAGGAUUUUAGAGAGGAGGGAAAAGGUUCUGAGGAACAAGAGGAUUCCCUUACUGAGGAUUUUGUGGGAUUGCAGUGGUUCUACAGAGGAGACUUGGGAGCCAGAGGCAAAGAUGAAGUUGAAGUUCAGGAAGUGGUUCGACAAGCAGGUCGAGGAGUGA